AUGGCGAAUCAAGUAAGUGGAAAAAGAAAACCAAAGGAAAAAAUUAAACAAUCUACAUCGCAAAAGAAAGGAAUACAAAGCUCCGUGGCGUCUGUUUAUUUCAGCUCUGAGGAGGUAACGUUAUGUGACAAGAAAUCUUCCAUUUCUAAAAUGAGGGUUACAGAAGAUAUGACCUACGGAAUAAAAAAGGAUAAAGAGUAUUCUUUCAUCCAAGAUAUCAACGUUAAAUCAGAUACUGAUGUUAAGGACUGCUUUAUUACAGGCAUGACGUUGGUUUUAGACAAUCAGCUUGUCCUAUGUGAUGCUAACAAUCUAUGCUUAAAACUUUUUGAUAUCAAUAAGAAUAUAAUCAAAGAUGUUUUACCAUUACAAUCCAUACCAUUUGGAAUAACAACGGUAUCAAAUGACCAGAUAGCUGUUGUAUUACAAAGCUUUUACCAGAUACAGCUUGUGAAUGUACGUGCAAAACUGACACAAGAUCGUUCAAUAAAAACGAAUGGUUAUUGUUUAGAUGUAAAGAUGAUCAACGAUCAAUUAUAUGUUUCAUAUAAAGAACCUGUCAAAUUUCAGAUAAUACAACUGACAGGGGAAAUUGUCAGGACGAUCAAACCUGAUGAUGAGUUACGCAAACAUUGUAAAUUACCUCGUCAUAUUGCCGUGAGUCAUGAUGAAAGUGUGAUCUAUGUAUCCGACUGGUAUACAAACAAAGUUAUGUCGCUUGAUAUGAAUGGUAACAUGUUAUCAUUGUUUCAAGGUAAGCUACAAGUACCGCAAGGUAUUUUCAUCUCUCCGUCUGAAUCAGUGUACGUCUGUAACAAAGAGCAGCACACAGUGUACGAGAUAAUGUCAGACCUACGUAAAACUAUGGUGAUACUAGGACCAGGAGAUGGAUUAUACUUCCCGAAAGCAAUGUGUUUCAAUAAGAUAAAUCAACAUCUGUAUAUCAGCAGUAGAAGCCCUGUGGCAAAAUAUAGAAAUAUUCUAAAAGUUUAUAGAUACUAA